CAAAACCCCUCCAUUUUCCCGUCCUUGUUUCUUAAACCCUGAAACAAAUCUCAGCUUCACUCUAUAAAGAUUAACGAAGGGGUUUCAUGGAAUAUUUCAAGAAUCUCCCUGAAGAUAUUACGUUAAACCUCUUAAGUCGCGUUCCAACCGAAUCGGUCCUCAAUUGCAAAUCAGUAUGCACAAAUUGGAGAAGUCUUGUUCGUCGUCCAUCAUUCUGAAAGAUGCACUUCAUUCAUCUCUCAGGUCCUGAUUCAGGUGCUGAUAAGUUGGGUUUUCUAGCUUUGACCAAUAAUGAUGAAAAUUUUCACUAUUUUGAAUAUGAUGAGAAUAAUCAUGAUCAGUCAACAAUACCCCCCAUUCAGAGAAUCAGAAGAAUUCAUUUUACCCCUCCAAUUACUGGUGUUGUUACCUUUCUUGGAUCGUGUAAUGGUUUGGUUUGUUUUGCUAAAUACCCAAUACAAACUCAUAGCACAGUACCUGUUUGUAUUUGGAACCCCAUCACUAAAGAACAUGUUUUGCUGCCAAAAAUCAACACAGAUUCUGAUCUUGAUCAGUAUGUUUAUUGGGGUGGAGGAUUCGGUUACGUUUCUUCAACGAAUGAGUACAAAGUUGUAGGAUUAUAUAGGUUGAAGACGACCCAGUUUCUAGAAGUCCACAUAUACACUUUAGGUAGUGGACAUGGAUGGAGAAACCUUGGAAAGUUCAGUACUUAUUAUCGGGAACAAGGUAUCUUUGCGGAUGGAGCUCUUUAUUGGAUGAGUUCUCAGUUAGAAAACAUCUUAACUUUCGAUUUGUCGGAUGAAAAGUUUUGUGAAAAUCUUUCACCACCUCCUGUGGCAUCAGUCACUGAUUGGGAUAGUAAUAACAUGAUAAGAGUUUUGGAUGGGUUUUUGUUUUCUUCUAUCAAUUUAGGUGUCGAAGAAGAAGAAGACAAAUGUCAUGACAUAUGGCUGAUAAAAAAGAAGAAUGAGAAUCAUGAAAUGAAAGAGCAAGAGGUACGUCAGUCAUUGGGUUGGACUAAAGAGUUUAGGAUUAAUGAGAGAAAAUUGUUAACCGUCACGAAGAAUAAGGGUGUUUUAACUUUCACUGAUUACAAUGUCAAAAUUUAUGACACAAAAGCUUCAACCUCCGAAAGGCUUUUAAAUUUUGAGGGACGGAUUGUUGAAUUACUUCCUCACAAGAACACCUUAGUUUCAUUGAAAGAAUUAGGGGAAGAUGAUGCGAAGAUAAUGGAGUUAGUUGAAAUUUGAGGAGACAGAAAGCAAUGAUCAGACUUUGCGACCAGCUGUAGGAGGAUGAGACCUUGGAUACCUGCUUAUAAACUGAAGAAUUUGCAUUCAAAAGGUUUCGAUGGAGUAUUUUAAAUUUCUACCAGAAAAAAAUAAAUUAGACAUUUUAAGUCGUCCACCAACUGAAUUAGUUUUAGAGUGCAAAUUAGUGUGCACAACAUGGAGAAGUCUUGUUCGUCAUCCAACAUUCUCGAAGAUGCACUUUCAUCGUCUCAAUCAUCCUUCUACUGUCAAUUCUGGUAAGUUGGGUUUCCUUGCUAUGACUAAGAUUGUAAAUGCUCCAGGUCUUACGCCAAAACAUUACGAUUUUGAACAUAAUGAGAAGCAUGAGUCAGCAUCAUCCAUUCAUGGAAUUAGAAGGAUUAGUUUCACCCUUCCGUUCAAGCCAUAUUUCUUUCUUGGUUCGUUUAAAGGAGGUAGCGUAUGACCAAGCAUUAUUGUUCACUGGGACCGCAAGGUGGUCUGCGAGAUUUUCUAGAGAACCUUUUCCAGUCACAACAGCCUGAACGAAGAACCCAAACAUGGAGAACAUAGCGAGGCGACCAUUCUUAAGUUCCUUUACCUUCAGCUCCGCAAAUGCCUCUGGGUCUUCUGCCAGGCCUAAUGGAUCGAAGCUGCCCCCUGGGUGAAGUGAAUUGAUGACCGUACCUAGUGGACCACCGGCAACUCUGUAUCCCUCAAUAGCGCCCAUAAGGAUGACCUGUGUUGCCCAAAUAGCUAAGAUGAUUUGUGCAUGAACCAAGCUGGAAUUGGCCAAAUACUCUUGUCC